CAUGGGGGCACGGUGGAGGGGUCCUCCGGGGCCGCCCCCGCCGUGCCGCACGCUGGUUCCCUGGAGGGCGGCGCGGCCGCCAUCGCCGCCCCGGCGCGGUCCCGCCUCCCGCCCGCAGAGGCCGGCUCGGCGGCGGGGAUGGCGGCGGCGGCAGCGCGGGGCCGUGUGCUGUGCCUCUUCGACGUGGACGGGACCCUGACGCCGGCUCGGCAGAAAAUCGCGCCGGAGGUGGACGCGUUCCUGCGGGAGCUGCGGGAGAGGGUGCAGAUCGGCGUGGUGGGAGGCUCGGACUACGCCAAGAUAGCCGAGCAGCUGGGAGACGGGGACGAAGUUAUCGAUAAGUUUGACUAUGUCUUCGCAGAGAACGGCACAGUGCAGUACAAGAAUGGGCAGCUGGUCUCCAAGCAGGCCAUUCAGGACCACCUGGGGGAAGAGCUGCUGCAGGAUCUAAUCAACUUCUGUCUCAACUACAUGGCGCUGCUGAAGCUGCCCAAGAAACGAGGAACCUUCAUUGAGUUUCGCAACGGGAUGCUGAACAUCUCCCCCAUCGGUCGGAGCUGCACGCCAGAGGAGCGAAUCGAGUUCUCUGAGCUGGACAAGAAAGAGCGGAUCCGGGAGAAGUUUGUGGCAGCCUUGCAGAGGGAGUUUGCUGGCAAAGGUCUGCGUUUCUCUCGAGGUGGCAUGAUCAGCUUUGACGUCUUCCCAGAGGGCUGGGACAAGCGCUACUGCCUCAACGUGCUCGAUGAUGAGAGAUUUGACACCAUCCACUUCUUUGGGAACGAGACCACCCCUGGAGGGAAUGAUUAUGAAAUCUACGAUGAUCCCCGCACGGUGGGACACAGCGUCCAGUCCCCCCAGGACACAGUCCAGCGAUGCCGUGAAAUCUUCUUUCCAGAGAGAGCAAACGAGUGCUGACUGCCAAGUCCCCGCAGCCCUGCCCCAGCCCCACUCUUUCCCCUCACCAGGAAAAGCACCUUUGUUUGAGGAAUCUCCUCAGGGGUAGACAGAAAAAUAACACUUGCCAGAGGUGGUCAGGAGGUAACGCAGGUGUGUGUGCAGGAGGUGCCUUUGCUGAGCAGCUUUUCAGCACUCCCCACCUGUGGCCGGGGCUUGUGGGACCAGACCGUCCUCACCUCCAGCAAAACUUCUCUCUGGACAGUUCGGCUUGUGGCAGGCGGUGAUGCAGAUGCUUUUGUGGUCAGGAAGCAUUUGAAAGGGCCAGUCACACUAGCAUGUGUGUGUGUCCAUCCCGUGCUCCCCCACCUCUUCUUUUCCACUCUGUUUAUCUUAUGCAGGAGGGAACAUGUGUCUCACCUUUCUCUGCCCCUUGCCCCUGGCUGGGGAGGAUGGGGCUGCUGAGGUGCCCUCACCAGAGCUGCUCUGCAGCCAGAGGCCAGGAAAGCUGUUUGUCCUGAGCUCGUGGUAGGAAGCAGUAGCUGAGACCCUGGUUCCUUGCAGUGCUGUGCAUUCUAAUGGAGAACAUCACCAUGUCCUUCACCUUGGUGCCACCCUGUGCCAGUCCCUACAGGUGACCUGGGAAAGAUAGUUUUACAAAUAACUCUGCUCCAGUUCUAAUUUUUGCUCAGGUGCAUGAAGAAACUAAUUCUCUCUUUAGCUUACAAAAAUACCCCAAAAAGCUACUAAGGGUUUAUUUUCUGUGUUCUGCAGAAGCUGUGAAGUCAGACCUUGCCCGGUGCAGCUGGAGAACCCCGGGUGCCUGGCCUGUGCAGAGUACCCUGCGGAGCUGUUGGGGACAGAAGGCUUCACAGCAGCCUUCCCCCCCGUGUCCAUUAGGUGUCACAGAUGUAUCAGUGACAAAACCUUACACAAGGCAUUCAGAACAGGGUGAGUCCCCUUCCUUCACAGUGCUCAGCUUUCCAUCAUCCUGACAGAGACAUUUUCAGAGAGGACCAACACAGGCCAGGCCCGGUUCCUUGUGCCAAUGGAGGUACGCAUGCAACAGUGCCCUCCAAGCUUUCCAACCCAUCUUGUCCAACGUGCGUGGUUUAUGUGGUCACCUUUAGGGACAUGAGUUCUCCAGUGCAGCUGUCACGUGUCCUCCUGCUCCCCUCUUCUCCUCGGUCUUCGUGAGUUGCAAAACCACAUCUUUCCUUUGGUCCCUGACCCUUUGGCCCCUUUAUUCCUGGCCCUUAUGCUGGGGUGUGUGACUGCACUGGUGACAUUAGUCACAACUCUGAGCUCAGGAGGAGCUCAGUGAUCCCCUCCAGGGCUGUGUCCUGCUUAUGGCUCCCUAGGGCACAUGUAUCUGGAGUUUGUGGACCUGGAACGUGCCAGAGGUUCCUGCAAAAGCUCCCCAUAUUGCUCCCUGGGAGCCUUUCUCAGCACAUCCCUCCUGGUGUGGCACUGCCCCUUCUCUUGGUCUUGUUUUCUCUUUUUGAUUCUGUUCCUGCUUUCCUCACCAUUGCUCUUCGUCUCCCACCUGGCAGCUGGUCUACAGAGAGAAGUUUCUCAGCUGGCUACUGCCACUCGACCAAGGGGCCAGGUUCCUCAGGCAAGGUAUGUUGGUGAUUUUAGACCCAGGGCAGGGCUCCCACGUUGUCACAGGCAGUCCUGAGUGGACCCUGGCACUGCUCCCUUGGCCACAGGAGCUGGGUGCUGCAUGACCAGUGCUGGUGGGUGCUGUCUCCUCCACCUAACCUUCAUCUCUUAAAUCUACAGCACAUCAGAGCUGUAAUACAUCACAUUUGCAUGAGUGCAGCAGUCUGCCCGGCAUCCAGAAAUUUCUCCAAAAUGCACAAGUUCCUCUUUCUAUGCAGAGAAAAUUUCUGCGUGGGAGAAGAGGACCUGCUGGGGAAGCCUGGCUGCAAGGUACCCUUUCACAGGCCACUGGUUUUGGCCCUCCACUGCAACCUCCAUGGAGGAAUCAUGUGUUUUGUAGUUCCUCCUUCUCUUUUUCACUGUGGAUCAGGUUAUGUAUGGGUUUAGGGGCUUAUCUUUCCUGUAAGUCUAUUCAAAGUCAGCAGGAUCUCUAGAGGGCAUGGUGGUCCAUGAAGAGCAGGGCCUGGCCUGAAGGCACGACGCACGGUGGUGGCCUGGGGUGCUGAGAUGCCGUGUGUAUUUGAAGGGAACGGCUGGCUCUGUCCAAGUCUGCUCCUGGUGGCAGCACACCCCUUGCUCAGGGUGGGGGGAGUUGCAGAGUGAGCAGGGCAGAGGCAGGGAUGACCUUGGAGGCACCAGCCAUCGCUUUCUCUGCUCAGGAGCUCACAUGUGCAUGGGUGAUAGCAAGUUCAGGACACUUCCCCAUUCCUGUCUCUGUCUUACACCAAGCUUGGGCUAGUUGAAGGCACCUCCUGCCAGGACACCCUGUCCUGCUGGAAAGAUGAGGAGGAGGAUGGAAUCCAUAGUCAUGGCAGCCCGAGAGUCUCAGAGCCACAGAAUGGUUGAGGCUGGAGGAGACCUCUGAGGGUCAUCCGGUCAUCUGCUCAAGCAUGGCCACUGAGCCCCAGCUGCGUGCCCUGUGUUUUUGCAGGCAGGGAUGAGGCACAGCAGUGGGGUGGGAGCCCUACACAUAGGGGACAGUGCACACCCAUCUCCAAGACCCCUUUGCCAUGAUGCUCCUCUCCCGGUGGGUGCCCAUGGCCUAAAGGGGGUUUCUCCCCACGUGUGUGUGAGCGAGCAGAUGUCACAGGCCCCACGUUGGGGACCAUUGUGCCAUAUGACUCCGUAUCUGUGCGAGAUGGGCAGCUCCUGUCUGGCUGAUACCAACUGUUAAAUAAAUAUAUUUAAAUACAUAUAUAUAUUAAAACAAAAUCAAUCAUAUUAAAGCUACAACAAGCA